CGUUCGUCCAGCUGACGCAGUUCAACUUCUGACGCAGAAGAAAACGUCAAUUCUCAAGAUGGUGUCCAAAGUGGUGUUCUUUGCCCUCCUCCUGACCUGUGUCGUCGCCAUGACCUUGGCUGGCCCAGUGGCCGAACCGGAACCGGAACCAGGCUACGGCUACGGCGGAUAUGGCGGUUUCGGUGGAUUCGGCGGCUUUGGUCGUGGCGGAUAUGGCGGUUAUGGUGGCUACGGAGGUUAUGGUGGUCAUGGUGGCUAUGGUGGCUACGGAUGGUCUGGCUAUGGAAAAUGAAGAACCUUCUGGCAACCCUUCUUUCCCCGUUGAAGAGGGCGAUGAAAACAACAGAUCAUCGUUCAUCGUUCAUCACAACUCGCUUGACUCAUUUUCUUUAUAAAGGAUAUAGUACUAGGGUAUGUCCUAAAUCAUUUUAAAUAAAUGAUGUAGGUCAUGUCCUAAAAUGUUUCUUAUUCCUUCAGAUUUCGUAAUAUCUAUGAAUUGUCCUAAAAUGUAUCAAUGUGUUUGUUCAUAAAAAAAGAGGGGGUUGUUUUGUGGUAACACGCAGCCCCCAAAAAGGAAAAAUUAAAGAAUACAAUUCA